AUGCAGGCGCCAGUCGUUGUCAUGAACACCCAGCAGGGCGACCGACAGGUCGGUCGGCAAGCUCAGCUGUCCAAUAUUACAGCUGCCAAAACUGUCGCCGAUAUUAUUCGAUCAUGUCUCGGUCCUAAGGCUAUGUUGAAGAUGUUGUUAGAUCCAAUGGGCGGUAUUGUGCUUACAAACGACGGACAUGCGAUCCUCCGUGAAAUCGAAGUUGCCCACCCCGCAGCGAAGAGCAUGAUCGAGCUUAGUCGCACACAAGAUGAGGAAGUUGGAGACGGCACAACAACAGUUAUUAUUCUAGCUGGUGAAAUGCUCGCACAGGCUCUCCCUCAGCUCGAACGAAACAUUCAUCCCGUCCAGAUCAUCGCCGCUUACAAGCGAGCCCUCAAUGACGCUCUUCAAAUUGUGGAAGAUAUUUCCAUACCGGUCGAUAUCGAUAACGAUAAAGCCAUGUACAGCCUUAUUCAAUCGUCGAUCGGUACGAAAUUCGUCUCCAGAUGGUCAGAGCUCAUGUGUAGCCUUGCCCUCAAGGCUGUCCGUACUGUGUCCUUUGAAGUUGGCGGUGGAAAGCGUGAAGUCGACAUUAAGCGAUACGCUCGUGUUGAGAAAAUUCCCGGUGGUGAAAUUGAGGACAGCACUGUGAUUGAUGGAGUGAUGGUCAACAAGGACAUUACACACCCCAAGAUGCGAAGGCGGAUCGAGAACCCUAGAAUCAUCCUUCUCGACUGCCCGCUUGAGUACAAGAAGGGAGAAUCUCAAACAAAUAUUGAAGUUUCCAAGGAGGACGACUGGAACCGGAUAUUGGAAAUUGAAGAAGAGCAAGUGAAACACAUGUGUGAUGCCAUUUUGGCUUUGAAGCCGGAUGUUGUCAUUACCGAGAAAGGUGUCUCUGACCUCGCCCAGCAUUUCUUAGUCAAGAACAACGUGACAGCGCUCCGCCGUGUGAGGAAGACUGACAACAAUCGUAUUGCACGUGCUACCGGCGCAACGAUUGUCAACCGCGUCGAUGACCUUCAGGAAUCGGAUGUCGGAACCCGAUGCGGCUUGUUCGAGAUUGAGAAGAUUGGUGACGAAUACUUCACAUUCUUGCGGAAAUGUGAGGAUCCCAAGGCCUGCACAAUCCUUCUACGAGGCCCUUCAAAGGAUAUUUUGAACGAGAUUGAGCGAAACCUCCAGGAUGCCAUGGCUGUUGCUCGAAAUGUCAUCUUCCAUCCUCGUCUUGCUCCCGGUGGCGGUGCCACCGAGAUGGCAGUCUCCGUCAAGCUCCAACAGCUCGCAAAGUCGGUCGAAGGUGUCCAGCAAUGGCCAUACAAGGCCGUCGCAGAUGCAAUGGAGGUUAUUCCUCGUACAUUAGUCGAAAACUCUGGUGACAGCCCCAUCCGAGUGCUCACUCGUUUGCGUGCCAAGCAUGUUGAAGGAAACUAUACCUGGGGUAUCAAUGGUGAUACCGGUGCUAUUGUCGACAUGAAGGAGUACGGUGUAUGGGAGCCGGAAGCAGUCAAAUUGCAAAGCAUCAAGACUGCUGUUGAGUCUGCAUGCCUACUCCUCCGUGUGGACGACAUUUGCAGCGCCAAAUCUGCGCAACAGGCCGGUAACGUUGGCGGUGGUGGAGAGGAAUAA